UCCCACAGUUCCGUGCGCUCGCAGCCAUUCUUGUUUCCUUAUCCGCAGUUGAACGUGCGGCGGCUAAAAACGUUUAUUUAUCGUAUUUCAUUUUAAUUUCACGUGUUUGAGAUUCCAGAAGAAGAGUAACGUGUGAAGACUUCAAAUCGCCAAAAUGCCGCGGAUUAUGAUCAAAGGAGGCGUGUGGCGCAACACUGAGGAUGAGAUUCUCAAAGCUGCUGUAAUGAAAUAUGGCAAAAAUCAGUGGUCUCGAAUCGCGUCCCUGCUACACCGCAAAUCAGCCAAGCAGUGCAAAGCCAGAUGGUACGAGUGGCUGGACCCCAGCAUCAAGAAAACAGAAUGGUCUCGUGAGGAAGAGGAGAAACUUCUUCACUUGGCCAAACUGAUGCCCACUCAGUGGAGAACCAUCGCCCCCAUCAUCGGACGAACAGCCGCUCAGUGUCUGGAGCAUUACGAGUAUCUGCUAGAUAAAGCCGCCCAGAGAGAGAAUGAAGACGAUGUGGGCGAUGACCCUCGCAAGCUAAAACCAGGAGAGAUCGACCCAAACCCUGAGACCAAACCAGCCAGACCUGACCCCGUGGACAUGGAUGAAGAUGAGCUGGAGAUGCUGUCGGAAGCCAGAGCCCGAUUGGCCAACACGCAAGGCAAGAAGGCGAAGCGGAAAGCCAGAGAGAAACAGCUGGAGGAAGCGCGUCGUCUGGCAGCGCUUCAGAAGCGCAGGGAGCUGCGAGCGGCAGGCAUCGCCAUCCAGAAGAAGCGCAAGAAGAAGAGAGGGGUGGACUAUAAUGCUGAGAUCCCGUUUGAGAAGAAACCCGCGCAGGGCUUCUACGAUACGUCCAUGGAGCUGUAUGAUCCUCUGGAACCGAACUUCAAGCGACUGCGCCAGCAGCAUCUGGACGGAGAGCUCAGGAAUGAGAAGGAGGAUCAUGAACGAAAGAAGGACAGACAGAAGAUCAAGAAGAAGAAGGAGUCUGAUCUGCCUUCGGCCAUCCUGCAGACCAGUGGAGUGUCCGAGUUCACCAAGAAGAGAAGCAAACUGGUGCUCCCUGCUCCACAGAUCUCUGACGCUGAGCUGGAGGAGGUGGUCAAACUGGGUCAGGCCAGUGAAGUCGCCCGUCAGACCGCCGAGGAGUCAGGAAUCACCAACUCGGCCUCUAGCGCUCUUCUGUCCGAAUACAACGUGACCAAUAACGCCAUGGCCCUGCGCACGCCCAAAACCCCAGCGGCACAGGACAAGAUCCUGCAGGAAGCCCAGAACCUGAUGGCACUCACAAACGUGGACACGCCUCUUAAGGGAGGGUUGAACACCCCUCUGCAUGAGAGCGACUUCUCUGGUGUGACCCCACAGAGACAGGUGGUCCAGACGCCCAACACCGUGCUGUCUACACCCUUCAGAACGCCCAGUCACGGAGCCGAGGGCAUGACCCACAGUGGGAUGACCCCUAAACCCUCGGUGGGGGUGACCCCGGGCAGGACCCCGCUGCGGGACAAGCUCAACAUCAACACAGAGGAGGGCGGCAUGGACUACAGCGACCCGUCAUUUGCCAAACACUUGCAAAGGGAGUCCCGCGAGCAGCUCCGACAGGGCUUGAUGUCUCUUCCAUUGCCCAAAAACGACUUCGAGAUCGUGCUCCCCGAAAACGCUGAGAAGGAGCUGGAGGAAGCCGAGGUGGACGAGAGUUUCGUGGAGGAUGCGGCCGAGAUAGAGCUGCGCAAACAGGCCGCCAGAGACGCAGAGAGGGAGAAGGAGCUGCGGCAGAGACACACAGCCGUUCAGAGAGAUUUACCACGACCUUCAGAGGUGAACGAGACGAUCCUCCGUCCUCACACUGUGGAGCCGCCGCUGACAGACCUGCAGCAGGCCGAAGAAGUCAUCAAGAAAGAAAUGAUCACCAUGAUCCACUUCGACUGUCUGCAUCACCCCUUCAGCGACGCUCAGGCCAAGAAGAGCAAAGGAGUGGGAUCCAGCUCCAGCCACGCCGAGCACAUCUCUUACCUGGAGAAGACCCCCUACGAGAAGGUCUCGGAGGAAGAGCUCAAAAAGGCCGGAGAGCUGCUGGCUCAGGAGAUGGAGGUGGUGAAGCAUGGGAUGGGUCACGGGGAUCUGUCUAUGGAGGCGUAUAACCAGGUUUGGGAGGAGUGUUACAGUCAGGUCCUGUACCUGCCCGGACAGAGCCGCUACACUCGAGCCAAUCUGGCCAGCAAGAAGGACAGGAUCGAGUCGAUGGAGAAGAAACUGGAGAUCAACAGAGGUCACAUGACCACCGAGGCCAAGCGCGCGGCGAAGAUGGAGAAGAAGAUGAAGAUUCUGCUGGGGGGCUAUCAGUCGAGGGCCAUGGGUCUGCUCAAACAGCUCAGUGAACUCUGGGAUCAGGUGGAGCAGGCCAACGUGGAGCUCCACACCUUCCAGGAGCUGAAGAAACAGGAAGACCUCGCCAUUCCACGCAGACAGGAGGCCCUGAGAGAGGACGUCCAGAGACAGCAGGAGCGAGAGAAAGAGCUUCAGCAGAGGUUCGCAGACCUGCUCCUGGAGAAACAGACGCUCUCGCAGAAGAUCUGAACGUGACGUCUAUCCCAAACAUCUCAGCUCGUCCUGUAGUGCUGUGCAUGUGCUUUACUGUCUGCAUCGCUGUGUUUCUGCAUCAGCUUCUCAAUCUUCACAAGCACCGCCGGGAUUUCAUUCACACAAUUUUAGUUUUUAAUGUUUUUCAUAUUGAUCUUGUAAGUGUAAAUAUCGUCUGUUUUGCAGUAUGGAUUUUCCCAUGUCAAGCCAUUUUUAGGUUUGUGUUGAAUAUACGAGAAGCUCUUUUUCAAGUGUGAAUUGAAAUAAUGACUUGCUCUGAAAAUGUACAUCAUUUAUGAAAUAAAUCAUCAGCGCGGAGUUAA